GUAGUCAGUCAAAUUUCUCCAGCACUCUCUUUCCUGCCGUGGCUAGUAAGCAGCGCUGCUUUGCUCAGGUCCUAAUCACCCUCGGCUCACCCGCUCCUCAGGCAGCUCACCCACUGCUCAGUCGUGUUGGCCUGCGCUCCACUGCAGCCAAUCGUACUCAUUUAUAACUUGACCGUACUCCCAUAAUUUGGUCAAGUCUAGACGAGAAGGAGGCUUAGAGGUAGAUUUGAGCGUUGGGGCGCGUUUCGGAAGGGGGGACAAAAUUGUCCCCAAGGGUUGGGGACGAAAUAGGCCCCUCGUUAUGCCCCCUUGUCUUCCUGUUCUCCCAAAAUGCCAGAGUCGUCUUUCAUCAGCAAGGUGGCUUGUGCUAUCCCUUUUUUUCUAUAAAGGUGUGAUAUUGCCGCUGGGUUGAGACUACCUGACUACCUCAGCCAUAAUCGCAACACUGUCAUUUUCUUGGCAGUAGCAACGUCGGUUUCUGAAAUUUGUGCUCUAAUUUAUUCUAUCUUUACUAUCUCAGCUUUGCGCACCGUUAAAAUGCCGCGGAAGAUUUCACCAGAGGCCUUUUUUGAGCGUGCCAAUAACAACGUGGCGAUAGAGAAGAAGAAGGACGUUGUUAAUGGAAAGCAGGUUCUUAAAGAACUUCAGCCAAAGACAAAACAAAAUUACGCGCGUGCAUUGGCGUUAUGGGAUCAAUAUGAGAAACAGAAUCCGGGAGUGAGCCCAAACAUUAUUGAGACAUCCAAAGACUACAUUAUGUCUGUUGCGCUUGGAAUUGAGGGUGGAUAUGGCAGUGUAAAGCCAGGCUUGGGGACCGUAGUCCAGUACUACAAAGACUUCACCGCCGGUUGGAGGCGAGCUAGGAUGGAAGAGGAACAGGAAAAUGAGGAUAAGACUGAAGAGGGGAAGAAGGAGCUGGUAAAAGUGAUAAGUCCAAUCGUAACGCUAUCCACCUCAAACUUCAUCAAGUACGAGUUGUACAAUAUCCUUGAAUUGCCAUUACGAAAGAGACUGCGGCGAUACGGCUCACAGAUACAUUUUCUUCACCUAGGAACGCUGUGGUGGAAGAACGAUUGGUUCGUGCUUCCAAAGCCGCGGCGUAGACCCGAGUUAUGGGCUUUAACUUCGGCUAUUGUUUUCAGCACUUCGAGAAUUGGCGAAUACAUAGAAUCUACGUGUCGCAUUGGAUCUGGGAGGGGCUUGCGUUUCAAGGGCACAAUCUUUGCUGUCUUUCGCAAUAAGUGCGGCAAUACAGAAUUUGCUGUACAGCUUGAGCGCGACGCGAAGUGCAUGACAUUCACUCCAGACAAGAGACCCGAGCACGCGUUGCACGAAGGCGCUGAGACUCGCCCGCUGUUUUGUAACCCAAUGCUUGUGAUAGUCGCUAUGUGCAUCGCAAGAAAUGCAUUCAGAGACUAUAAGUCGAUAGACGAGAUUCUAGCAUUAGAGCCUCCAGAAGAUGAGCAGAUGGUUCAUCUCCACUGGAACCCAAGCGUCCUAGAACUUCCAUUCUUUGAAGGAAGUGAUGGGAAGAUGGAGACUGCAAGUGCAUUCGGCCGGUAUCUUCGAGAAUGGGGCUUUCGUGCCGGCUACAACGAACCCCCAACGGUGCAUGAUUUCAGAGCAGAGGGUCUGAUCCUUACCGACAGAAAUUAUUCGCAGGAUACAAGGAUGAAACAGGGUGGACAGCGUGACCCAUCUGUGUAUCGUGAUCACUACGCAGCCAACAACGCCGGAGUGGAUGGUCAGGCAACCUUCUUCCACGACAAAAAUCAUCGAACAGAUAUUACGGAUCUUUUCCGUUCCUUACAUAUCACUCGAAAUCCGGAGUUGUGGCAGUCGCUGCCAGCGGAAAAGCGGCACGAGCUUGAGCAGAGCGCCGAGUUUAAGGACGUCGAAGCAAAUCUUGAGAAAUUUUCAGACAAUGCACUAUCAAAGAAUGAACGCAAAGAGCUGCAAGCCCGGAAGCGAAAACUUAUUUCGGAAGCGCUUCGCAAGUGUCGGGAAGAACAGCCUGCUCGACUGGCGAGCAAAGUCGACGCCUAUAAGAAAGAAUGCACCGGCCGUCACAGAACCAUAUUUGAACGAGCGCGCAAGCUCAUGCCGGUGCGCGACCGUCUGGCGUCCAGCAUGUUUAUCGUGGCCACUAUACGUAGCGAUGCAGGCAAGGCUGUCCUCCAAGAUCUGGUCGAGCUCUACUUGCAAGAAGAGGAAGUAGCAUUUCGGCCAGGUCUCGAGUUGGACAAAUGUCAUUGUCUACGAAAGACCGACAGUCAAUCAGCUGCUACACGUUGGAGACACAUAUACAGUUGCCAUCGGAAGUGGCUCAAGAAAGACCACGAGUUGGUCGAGUUUUGCUUCCUCUGCAGCAUAUGGUUCGUUGACCAAGAGGGAUGGAAUGUCCAUUGCCAAGCCCAUUUGAACAAGCCUGAAACUAUUCCCACGCAGUGCAACCCACUGACCUACGGAGGAACACUUGCUGCUCCAGGGUUCUGUCCCGACUGUUUGGGCAAUGAGUCCCUACCCCCUGAAAUACGAAUGCAGCAGUUUCUCGAGACAGCUGAAUGGAAAGACCAUAUCCACAAUCAACAUUCCGAAGAUUCCAAGUCCCUAUUGUGUCCUCUACACAAGCUCCAUUGUGGCGAGUCAUUUAUGGCAUUGCAGGAGCUUCAGUUCCACCUUGAAGACGUUCACUGCGUCGGUUUCCGGAGUAAUCUCAAAAGGGCCAGGUCAGUAGGCGAAGGAAGAGCUGGACCAGCCAAACGAAAACGCGUUAGCAGAAGGCGGCUGUCCAGAUGGAAGAAGGAAGAUCUGGAAUAUGGAUUUGUUGAUGAAAGUAAUACGUUUCGGAACCAAACGAAGAGGUCUUCUCAUUCUACUCCAGCCAAAGCCCCGUCUUCUACCAACUCAGGCUUCUCACCAACCCCGGAAAUCAUAUCAGAUCAAAACGUUAUCGAAGAUGAUACGCCACCGUCUUCUUGGUGUGGCGAAUCGAAGAAUGGUUCAGAUAGCGAAGAUGCCUUUAGUGAUGGAGCUAAUGAUGAGGAUUGGGAGUUUAUCGAUGAUGUUACGAUUUCGGAAUCUGGAGAAGUUGAUGUCAAUGAGCGAAAUGACAAUUUCCAGAGUAUAAACUUUCACGAGGAGUCUUGGCUUGGGCUUCGGCCUGAGUGCGCUUCGGUGAUGCGCGUUCAGUUGGACCCGGCUCUUUCCGCCCAUAAGGAUGAACAAAAUGAAGAAGAAGAAGAAGAAGAAUAUGAGGUUGAGAAAAUUCUGGAGGCCCGUAUCCUUUGGAGAAAGCUCAAAUACCGCGUGAAAUGGGUUGGUUACGAUGAUGAUCAGAAGUGGUAUAACGCAGCCAACUUUAAGAAUAGCCCACACAAGCUAUACAACUUCCAUAAAGACAACCCAGCCAAGCCCGGACCUUCCCAAAGGCUAAAGUACUGGAUGAAUUGCUGGAAGGAGGAUAGAGACGCCGAAGACCAUCCAGAUGACAACAAGCCGGUGGAUAGGUAGCUUAGGCGACAAGGACAUCUCAUCAAAAAGGAUUGAAAAUUAGAUGUUUAUAGCAUGUUUGAUUCAUAUUUUUAUAAAAAUCUUGGUGUACGGGUGCGUUUCUGUUCGCCAUGGCCUUCACUUCUGUUUGAAAGAUUCUUAGGUUGUCGCUUGUUGUGCCGAUGUCGGCGGCAUCAUGCGCUUUUAGAGUCAAUAAACAUGUGCCCUAGUCACCAAAAUUCCUUCCAUAUUCCACUGCGAGGGCGAUACUUUUCAGCCUCCGCACUGUGUAAUUACAACGUUCGUGUCUUUUACACAAGCGUUGCGACUGCAUUUAGUUUAGAUCCAUAACCAGUCAUGUGGGGCGGUAUUUCAUGUCCUUUUCAGGGGAGCUGGGCGCGGCUUCAAGUCAUCGUCGGACGUAAGAGGACGGCAGCUUCCUCGCGCGGUGUCUAGUCACGAAUUAACAAGUUUGCUACGGUCUCAAGCUACUCUAUUAAUGUAUCGUC